AUGUAAACAAGAUGGCGUCAAGUCCAAAGGAAAAGUUUGAUGCUGCUGUAAAAGUUAUACGAGGGUUGCCAAAGAAUGGUUCCUUUCAACCUUCACAUGAGCUUAUGUUAAAGUUUUAUAGCUAUUAUAAACAAGCUACUGAAGGGCCAUGCACCUCUGCUAAACCAGGCUUUUGGGAUUUAGUCAACAGAAAAAAAUGGGAAGCUUGGUCAAGUUUAGGUAAUAUGGAUGGUGAAAAGGCUAUGCUGUUGUACGUGGAUGAGUUGAAAAAAGUGAGCAUUAAUGUCCGGAAAGUUUACUAUCCACCACAGAUUGUUGAGACUAUGCCACAGACCAAUGAUGUGUCAGAGUUUUUACAAAAGUUGGAUAAUUUUUAUGAAAUGGUGGAUGAACAGGAAAGCUUCAAUGACAAUAAACAUGUAGAACAAGCUGGCUUGAAUGGGUUAAUAGCAGUUAUGAAAGAUGUGCGUGGAGAAGUUGAGAAUUUAUGCAUAGAAUAUGAUAAUCAUAUUGUAGAUAAAAAUAAUGCAGGAAAAAGUGGAGAAUGGGAAGAGCUAGAUAAUGAGUUGUCUAAUACUUCAAUUGUUGAUGCAAGUGAUAGUGAAACUGAUGAAUUUUGUGAUACUUCGGAUGAACCACUAGAGUCGGUUCAUCUUGAUGACACAGCAGUAGUGGUUGAAACAUCCACUCCAGUGGUGAGGAAUAAAACUGUUCACUUUGACACAAGGCCAGUUACCUAUAAAGAUAGUGAGACUGUGAUUUGUCAGGAAAAUUCAACCAGUUUCUCCCAAGUUCACAUUGAAAAAACAUCUUCAUCUCAACGUUCCAAUAACACUAAUACUUCUCCAGACCCUUCUCAACAUCAACAGGAAGAUAAAGUGGUCAACAGGAUAUUGAGAGAGAGUAAAGAGAUGACACGUGGGACAAGAGAUGCUGGUAGACACACUCACAUUGACAUGAGGCAAGCAAAUGGUGAGUUGCCAGGGUCAUCCACUUACCAUAAAAGUCAUCAGCCGGUUAAAUGUUGUAGUGUAAAUGAGAAAAUGAGUCUAACUGUGCAAAGACUUCAACAAGAUGUCAAAGAAGCUCAAAAGAGAAUUCGUCAUUUGGAACACAAAGUGGUGGCUAAUAAAAUGUGGUGGUGGCCAUUUCCAGAGUUAUCUGUGAAAUCUGCAGUGAUUAUUCUCUUAUGGCCUGUCAUCCUACAUCUAACUUUGCGAUAUAUUCAGCAAAGGCACAGAAAACAAUAAGCACUCAGGAAAAAGAUUCAAGAAAAAUGUACAUAACAAAUUAGACACCCAUGUUGUUAUGACAAUAAAGCUCCAGUAUUUUUAUAGUUUUGUAAUUUUGUAAAAUGUUGACCUUUCUACCUUGUACUGGAAAAUGACACUUCUUGUUCUAAAAAUACAUGAAGUUGUGGCUGUGAUAAAAAUUUGGUGUAGACAAAAACCACCAAAUGAAACUUUGUUAACCUGCUUUGUCUUAACUGGUCCAGUAAUUGAGUGUAUAGACAAUAUUCGUGAUGUAAGAACUUGAAAGAAGAACCAGCUUGUUUUACUUCAGUAGAGUUCUUGUCAUUUUGGUCAGCUAGGGAUUUACAUUUAUUCAAACUUGAACUAUUCAUCAAUCAAUGUUUUAAGUUACUAAUGGUGUAUUUUAAAAAGUUGUAUCCAUAGCGUGCAAAUAGUUUGAUCACAUUAGCUCAAGUCAAAUCCAGUUUAAAAUCUGUUAAUUGUGGAUGAUCCAAUUGCAAUGUCUUUACUCAAUGUACUAAUUCAUGACAGUUGCUGAUGAUGUAAGUUGCAUAUAUUGUUAUAUUGUUACAUAAAACAACAGUACAUUCCCAAUGGAGGGUUUUUAAUUUGUCAACCCAAGUCAUUUUUUGUAUUUGUUGACAUGCAUUUGAAAAUUAUCCUAUUUUUUAAUGGCUGAAAUUCUUAGUGUCUAAUCUUCUUUCUUUAUUAUUAUCAAGACACUGAGAUUCAAUUAUUUUAUUAAGUUAAUGAAUAAAUAAAUAAUCCAUUUCAGGGGUUUUAUUUUGUUGAUAUUUUCAUUCAUCAAUAAAAUGUUAGUCUAGUAACAAAUCCAAUGUUUCCAUUCACUUGAAAGCACUCUUGAAAUCAUGUGACCCCUUUUCUAUAGCGAGUCACGCAUAAAACUAACAUCUCUUGAUUCAUCAUUAUGAGUUUAACAGCCAAUUACAUUCAGUCAAUUUUUAUUUUCAGUGAAUUCAAUGCCAUACUCAAAAUACUGUGACAGUAAAAUGACAAUCCAUUAUGUUUAUAAUUAUUAUAUAAUAAGCAAGCGAUGUUAUUCUUAUUAGCAUAAAUACAACACAGUGUAAUACACUGUCAUCAGCUUUAGGGUUAAAGUUUUAUGACAAUAAGCUCAUUAUAAUCAGCCAUUUGAUUAAGCUAUUUGUUCACAUGCCAUUUAUGUUUUCUUAAUUUGUCAUGACAUGUAAAAUACAGAAAAUUACUAUGGGCUUUCAAAAUUAUUUAUUUUAAGAAUGAUUUGUAUUCUUCUUAACUGAUCUAGGCCAUAUGAAAUUUUUUUCUUUGAAUGCUGAAAAUUAAAAUCUAUUUUUAAUUUUAAGAACAGAAAUUAUCCUUUUGUUUUAAAAUUGGUGAUUUCCCCCCCCCCCC